GCAGCAAUUCUUGUCGACGUGGGAAGGGAGGGUUUCGGACACAAACAAAUGCCUCCGGUUACCCUGCUUGGUGCCUUUUACGGGAGACUGUGACAUGUCAGGUGGAUUUACAUGAGACGUCCGUCACGCUGGAAACAUGUGGCUCAAACCUGAAGAAAUUCUGCUGAAAAACGCCUUCAAACUGUGGGUCACCGAGAAGGAUAAUGAGUAUUUCGUACUGCAAAGGAGACGGGGGUACGGAGAAGGAGGUGGCGGGCUGACAGGCCUGCUUGUGGGAACUCUGGAUACUGUGUUGGACUCAACAUCCAAAGUCGCUCCUUACCGCAUAUUACACCACACACCAGAUUCGCAAGUCUACUGGUCCAUAGCAUGUGGGGUGACCAAAGAAGAGAUCAAUCAGCACUGGGAUUGGCUGCAGCAGAACAUCAUGAGGACACUCUCUGUUUUUGACUCCACUGAAGACAUCACCAGCUUCGUACAGGGGAAGAUUAGAGGGCUUAUUGCUGAAGAAGGGAAGGCAUCUCUGGUGCUGGAGGACUAUCCAGAGAAAUUCAGAGAAGCCCAUUUAAGGUUUGAGAAGUGGUUCGAGCUGCCCCCCCAGGAAAAGCUGGUCACGUAUUACUCAUGCAGCUACUGGAAAGGCAAAGUACCCUGCCAGGGCUGGCUGUACCUCAGCACAAACUUCCUGUGCUUCUACUCCUACCUUCUAGGAGCUGAGGUGAAACUGAUCAUCUCCUGGGAUGAGAUCUGGAGGCUGGAGAAAACAUCUAAUGUUAUCCUGACUGAGAGCAUCCAUGUUAUGGCUCAUGGGGAGGAUCAUUACUUCUCCAUGCUGCUGCAUCUCAAUGAGACGUUUGUCAUCAUGGAACAGCUCGCCAACUACUCCAUCAAGCGUCUUUUCGAUAAAGAGGCAUUCCAGGGAGAGCCAGCUCUCUCUGACCCUCUACAAAUUACCAAGAGAGGCCUUGAAGCUCACGCAAAAAGUGAGCAAUUUCGGUCGUUUUUCAGGCUUCCCAAAGAGCAAAACUUGUUAGAAGUGCAUGAAAGCUUCCUGUGGGUGCCAUUCAGUCAUUUUAAAACUCUUGGCAAGAUCUGCCUGUCUGAGAACUACCUUUGUUUUGCCAGUCAGGAUGGCAGCCAAUGCCACAUCAUCAUUCCAAUGCGAGAGGUCAUUAAUGUUGAGAAGCCUGAUUCCAGUAGUCGGGCUUUGACCGUAUGUGUGCGUGGCAAGAGAGCAUUGCGUUUCUCCGAGGUACGGGACUACCAGCGGCUUGCAAACACAAUCCGUAGCAGGUGCGGGAUCAGUGCUAGUCCACAGCACUCUGCUUCAUCAGAGGUCAUACGCGGCGAAUGUCAGUCGCUCAUAAAUCACUUCGAGGACAACCCGGAGGAUGUGACUCUCAUGGUAGGACAGAAAGACACCAGCAAGGCUGUAAACACUGAGGCCCUCAUGACUGUUUUUCACCCUCAAGAUGUUGAAAACCUUGAUCCCAAAAUGCUAAAAGAAAAGAUGAAGGAGCAGUCUUGGAACAUCCAUUUCUCUGAAUACGGACGUGGGACUAGUAUGUUUUUCACCAGGAAGACACGAGACUUGAUUGUUCGAGGUGUUCCCGAAUCCCUGAGGGGAGAGCUCUGGAUGCUGUUUUCAGGAGCUGUAAACGACAUGGCCGCUCACCCCGGCUAUUACACUGAGCUGGUUGAACAGUCGCUGGGCAAUAGCACUUUGGCUACAGAUGAGAUCGAAAGAGACCUGCACCGCUCUCUCCCCGAGCACCCGGCGUUUCAGAGCGACACGGGAAUCUCAGCUCUGCGCAGAGUCCUUACUGCCUAUGCCUACAGGAACCCAAAAAUUGGAUACUGCCAGGCCAUGAACAUUCUCACCUCAGUCCUGCUGCUGUAUGCGAAGGAAGAGGAGGCUUUCUGGCUGCUGGUUGCUGUCUGUGAGAGGAUGCUGCCGGACUAUUUUAACCGCCGAAUUAUUGGUGCUCUGGUUGACCAGGCUGUGUUCGAGGACCUGAUCAGAGAAAACCUCCCGCAGCUGGUGGAGCACAUGACCGAUCUGAGUUUCUUCUCGUCUGUGUCCUUGUCGUGGUUCCUCACUCUUUUCAUCAGCGUCCUACCCAUCGAGAGCGCCGUCAACGUGGUGGACUGUUUCUUCUACGACGGCAUAAAGGCCAUUCUGCAGCUCGGCCUUGCUGUGCUGGACUUCAACCUGGAGGCUCUCAUCACCUGUAAUGAUGAUGCAGAAGCGGUCACCAUCCUCAACAGGUUCUUUGAUAGUGUGACCAACAAAGACAGCCCGUUGCCUCCAACAGUGCAGCAGGCUUCAGUGGGCAACAACGAGCAAGCAUCUCACGUCAGCGUGGAUAUCAGCGAACUGAUCCAAGAAGCCUACGAGAAAUAUGGACAUUUCCGAUCAGAGGAUGUUGAGAGUUCUCGGAAGAGAAACAAGCUACAUGUGAUCCAGACACUAGAGGAUACAACCAAACAAAAUGUGAUCCGAGUGGUGUCCCAAGAAGUCCAGUUUACCACCUCACAGCUUGAUGAGCUUUAUAACUUGUUCAAAAGGCAGCAUUUCCUUUGCUGCUACUGGACCAUGAAAAGUCCAGCUCUGCUCCAUCACGACCCCAGCCUGGCGUAUUUGGAGCAGUACCAGUUGGGUUUCCAGCAGUUCAGCGAGCUUUUUUUCCUGCUUGAGCCCUGGGCCUUUUGUGCCUCCAAGAGCACCCUUUCCCUUUGGGUCUUCCGGCUCAUCGAUGAGAACCAGGACGGUCUUAUCAACUUUAGGGAAUUCUGCUGUGCUCUGGAUACCUUGUAUGGUGGAUCUUUCACAAAUAAGCUGAAAUUUCUCUUCAAGCUCCACCUGCCGCCAGCUUUCACAGGGAGUCCUUUGCACUUAAAGGAAGAAAGAGUCCAACAUUUUCUCCCAGUGACUGAAGACUCCUCUCACUUGACUAGACUGACUGCCUUUGAUCUUCCAGAAGACGGCGUCAUAAGGAAAAGUCCUGAAAGAGGCAGGGGAAAGGUUGAUCUGCAGGCAUAUCUGAAACAAUGGCAAAAUGAAAUACUUAAGAAGGAAGAAACAAUCAAGGACCUACCGAGAAUUAAUCAAGCUCAGUUCAUCCAGUUCUCCAAGACCCUCUACAACAUCUUUCACGGGGAUCCCGAGGAGGAGUCGCUGUACCGGGCUGUCGCCCAUGUGACCAGCCUCCUCCUGAGGAUGGAGGAGGUUGGUCGGAGGCUGCAGGAGUCAAGCAGCCCGCCCCAUGAGGCCACAAAGCCUGCCAGUACUACUACUCCUGCGGAGGCGUCCUCAACCAAAGAGGCCUCGAGCAAACCAGAGACCUCAGAUGCCUCCAGUUCUCACAACAGCCAGGAGGGAGCCGAGCAGUCGAGUACAGAUUGGUCGUUUUCCUUUGAGCAGGUCUUGGCUUCGCUGCUCAACGAGCCUGCCAUAGUCGGCUUCUUCGAACGCCACGUCUAUAUUCACACCAAACUAGGACAAGCCCGGGUCGCCCAGCUCAAGCUGAAGGCCAAUAAGUAAAAAGACGCUUAAGGAAAUCGUUACUGUUUUUCUGACUCAUUUAACUUCCUUUCUCCAAUUAGAUUUGGUGAUGUGAUCAAAGUGGAUUUUGAUGCUAAGGUGGGUCUAAAAUUCUGCAUUCGUUUUGCUAAUGAUCCAAAGUAAUUGAAUCUUAAAGACACCACAGUAGGUUUGCCGACAACACAUUCAGUGUGUUUUUUAGUUUUAACUCUCGAUACAGACUACAGAAGGCUGAGGGUUGUUUCUUAAAUCUCAUUAUGCAUUUUCAGCCUUGUUCUCUCAUAUAGAUGCACUUUCACUAAAUUUCAAGUUAGAUUUAAGAAAUUGUAUCAUAUGAGGUAAACAGCUGACAGGAGUCUAUAAAAUCAAUAGACAGGCUGACUGACAACCUGCUUCUGAAUGUUUUAAUGUAUAUUGUCGUUCAGAUUAGUCUUCAUUACUUACAAUUAAACUACUGCGUAUGAUAGUUUGUCCUUUGACUUGUUAGUUGUGCUCAAAACGUCAGCUUAAUGUAAGAAGCACCAGCUUUGUCAUUAGAUGAAUAGAGUAGUGGUACAGUGGAUAGAGGACAAUGUAUUAAUGUUCCUGGAAGCCAUAAACUGAUCAGAGUUUAUAUGACUGAAAAUGAUACAUUUUGGGAGCCCAAAAAAAAUGGAUCGAACAUUAGUGAAAGCAUUUGCAAUAACCGUGGCAGGAUUUAGUAGUACGUGGGCCCCUGGGCUAAAGCCAGUAGUAGUGCCCUACUCAUCCAAGUUUUUCUUUGCACAUGCAAAUUACAAUAAAUAGCUGGGUACACACGAACUUCAGUUUUUUCAACGCAAUCUUUGUAUCUGUCUUUUGUAAAACGUUCCUAAUAAACGCAUCCCUAAAAAUGUCUUUAUCCACACAGAAAAUAGGCUGAAAUGUUAACGUGACUAUGCCAGGCCUAUAUGUGGAGAUUCAAAUUACACAAAAACGACAAAAACGCGUGUUAGGCUUGUGCUUGUGACAUCAUCAAAUAGUUGUGUACUGGUGUUCUGAACGGAAAUCAACACACCAAGGGAGUCUAGGCUUGUAUGUUUGGGCUUUUCUGUAAUUUUUUAGACACUUAUACAGUUGGGUCUCAAUAAAUUGGAAAAUUAUUUCAAAAUUACUUUUCAGUUCAAGUGAAACUCCUAUAUAGAUUAAUUACACAUUUUGAUGCUUGCUAAAGUCUGUCCCCCCUGCAAAAACAUGCAGCAGAGGGCGCUAUUGUGCCACAAAACGCUCACCUUUUUUUGCUUAUCCAGCAGCAAUUGAGGUUGAAAGACAUAACCCAGGCUCAUGUUUGACUGGCUUUACCAAUGAAUUUGGAUUGUCACAUUUUUUCUUUAGCGGGUCAAAUGUGCCUGAAACCCAGGAUCUGUACGGAUAAAUCUGCUGCACCCUCCUGUGUGCUGUUCGUGGACUCCACCGUUCAGCUUGAUGACGUUUGGGCUUUACACGUCAUUGUAACUUUAUCUCCAUCUGUGUUGGUUUUGUGUGUCUGUGAGGCUUCUAUCGACCCAAUGAGCUCCAGGACUGUUGACUCCUUUGAAGGAUAUUUUGCUUCAUCAAAUCUCAGGGUGACAUUUGUGUAAACAUAAAAGGAGUUAAAGGGAUAUUUUUCAACCUGAGACAUAAACAAUAUAUCAACAGAAUUAUAUAUCACUUGCAUCAUCUGCAACAUUUACAUAUAGAGCAUGUGUAGUAUAGUUACAAGAUUUACAAGGCCUCUGCAAACUGCUUUUACUGAUGCCACAGAACAGACAGCCAGAUUAUUCAGUAUUUCUGCCUGUUUGAUUUUGGGUUUUUUUGCUGGGUUUUUGUCUUCAUAUUGCUUCUGUCUCAGUGAGCAAUUUGCACAGUUGUUAAAAAUUUAAAAGCUGUAGAUUUGCCUGCAUUUCAGCUGGAUCUCAGAGGCAUGGGACUGCUUCAUCCGCAGCUUGUUGUCUCUUGGAGGCCAAAUUAACAGAUUUAUAUAAAGCUCUCUGCUUAUCUUUUUUGGUGCCUCCUGAAUGAAGCUUUAAUUUUGUGCUUUUUGUUUUUAAUCAUUUUGCCACCUGCUGAGUCGUUGUUUGGGGUUAUUGACUGACCAGGACUGAAGACCAGCCUCUUUGUGUUGUAUUAAUUUUACCUUUACUGUUGAAGUAAAUUUAUAAAUUAUUUUUAAAAUCACAAUUUCCACACUAAUAUGCCACUGUUUAUAUGUGCAAUUGAUAGGAAAAUAGUAAAAGACAUAAUUGAUGUUUGAUAUAUUAUCACUCCCUAAUUUUAAAGUUUAAUAAUAACAAAUAAGGAACUACUCAGUGGUUAAUAUUAUCAAACAGUCCUGAGUAUCAGCAGGAGAGUUUGUCUAUUUGAUUGCUUUGACAGUCUGGUGGGAAAAAGGGAACGCUAUAUUUGGGCAUGGUUUUACUGUACUGGUAACCGUUUGCCUGCAGUCAUGCUGGGUUGACAUUUUUGAAUGUCAUAGAAUUAUUCUGAAAUGCAAACAAUGAUUUAUUUUGUGUUAUUAUUAAACAGGAUGUGCAUGGAUUAUGAGUUUGUGCAUGCUUUGAUCUGUCGAUUUCUCUUUAUUUGAUAGCAUAUUUAAUUUUUUUUAAAAUAUAAGUACUUUGAUUUCAAGAAUCUAUAUGUCUUUGACAACUCUAAAGUAUUCAGAUGAAACAUUUCUUUAUGCAAAAAAAAUGUUUUUUUAUCACCCAAAAACAUUGCCGUGGUCUUUACAGAGAAGGUAAAAGUCAAUGCACGACUUGAUUGAAUUCCUGUUCUGCUAUAUGUGAUGCUUGGAUGUUUGUUUGAUUUAUUUGGAUUAGUUUUAAUGUUGUCUAAAUGUACAAGAAUAAAGAGCAGUGAUUUAAUAA